UCAUGGCCGCGGAGCGGCGCGCCAAGGCGGACACGCUGGCCCUGCGCCGGCGGCUCCUCAGCGCUGCCUGCAGACUCUUUUAUCCUGAGGCUCCUGUUAAGAUUGUCCGAGGCCAAGGGCAGUACCUGUAUGAUGAACAGGGGGCAGAGUACCUGGAUUGCAUCAACAAUGUGGCUCACGUGGGGCACUGCCACCCUCUCGUGGUCCAAGCUGCACACGAACAGAACCAGGUGCUCAACACCAACAGCCGAUACCUGCACGACAACAUCGUGGAUUAUGCGCAGCGGCUGUCAGAGACCCUGCCGGAGGAGCUCUGUGUGUUUUAUUUCCUGAAUUCUGGGUCAGAGGCCAACGACCUGGCCCUGAGGCUGGCCCGCCAGUACACGGGACACCAGGACGUGGUGGUGCUGGACCAUGCGUACCAUGGUCACCUGAGCUCCUUGAUUGACAUCAGUCCCUACAAGUUCCGGGACCUGGAUGGCCAGAAGGAGUGGGUGCACGUGGCACCCCUCCCAGACACCUACCGGGGCCUCUACCGGGAGGACCACCCCAGCCCAGCUGCGGCCUACGCCAGUGAGGUGGAGCGCGUGGUCCGCAGCGCACAAGAGAAGGGCAGGAAGAUCGCGGCCUUCUUCGCGGAGUCUCUGCCGAGUGUGGGGGGGCAGAUCGUGCCUCCUGCUGGCUACUUCUCCCAAGUGGCAGGGCACAUCCGCAGGGCCGGCGGGCUCUUCGUCGCAGACGAGAUCCAGGUCGGCUUCGGCCGGGUGGGCACGCACUUCUGGGCCUUCCAGCUGCAAGGGCAGGACUUUGUGCCUGACAUCGUCACCAUGGGCAAGUCUAUUGGCAAUGGCCAUCCGAUUGCCUGCGUGGCCACAACCCAAGCUGUGGCGAAGGCUUUCGAAGCCACCGGCGUCGAGUACUUUAACACGUUGACCACAAUGGCCGGAGCUGGGCCAAUCCAAAGCCAAGAGCCAGGAGCCAGGAGCUUCUUCUGGGUCUCCCACGUGGGUGCAAGGGCCCAGGGACUUGAGCCAUCUUCUACUGCUUUCCCGGGCCAUGGCAUAAAGCUGGAUCGGAAGUGGAGAAGCCGGGACUUGAACCGGCGCCCAUAUGCAGGCAGCGGCUUUACCCACUAUGCCACAGUGCUGGCCCCCACCCAUUGACUUUUAUUAAUAUUAUAAGCACCUGGGAAGCUAUCUCCCCACAUGCUCACCCCCAGCCCCGUCUCCUAGCCCCCUCACCUGAGAACAGUCACUCUGAAUCCCUUGUUCAUUGUUUAUGACAGUUGCUGUUUUUACCUUGUGGGAAUUCUAUCAUGCUGGACAAGGGUUCAAAAAGUUUGGUGGGAAAAUGAAUUUAAAAGUUGAGUUGGUACAAAAGAAUUUUGAACUCCCUGCAUGUUUUUUUCACAAUCCACAUUUCCAUGAACUUUUGGAAGGUUCAUCGCAUAUACUCCUCGAGAACUUUUUACCUAACCUCAUAUCACUGGAGAUCAUCCAUAUUGCAUGUCACUGAGGUUGUCAUUUGAUGGCUUCCUAGUACUGCAUUGGAUAAAGAUUUAUGGGGCCAGCAUUGGGGCACAAUGGGUAUCCCAUGUGGAUGCUGGUUCAAGUCCCAGAGCUCCACUUCCGAUCCAGCUCCCUGCUAGUGGCCUGGGAAAAGCAACAGGAGAUGGCCCAAGUACUUGGGCCCCUGCCACCCUCAUGGGAGACCCAGAUGAAGCUCCUGACUCCUGGUUUCAGCCUGGCCCAGCGCUGGCCAUUGCAGCCGUUUUGGGGUAGUGAACCAGCAGAUGAUCUCUGUCUCUCUCUCUCUGUAACUCUUUCAAAAACAAAUAAAUCUUAAAAAAAAAAAAAAAAAGCACAACAUGUAUUCACACCCACAUUGAUGUACAUUGAGGCUGUUCCCUGUUUAUGGCCACGAUGAAUAAUGCUGUGAACAGUGUUUAUGUCCACUACAUGGGCAGGAAUUUUCCUCUGGGCAGCACCUUGCAGUACAAAGGCUGGGUCACUGAGUGUUGAGUGUGUGUGUACCUUCAAGUUAAUAGGGAAUGACAUCUGUAUUCCAAAGUCAUGCACAAACUAGUACCUUUCGCCCCUUGCCAGUCCACUGGGGUAUGAAGUAGCAGUUCCUGUGGUCUCGCUGUGCCCUGUCUUGAUUUUAAAUGAUCAGAAGCAGCUCAUGUUCAGUAGCCAUGUGGCUCCUCUCCCUUGAAAUGCCUGUUGUGUCUUUUGCCCAUUUGUUAACUGUAUUGCUGGUGCUUUUCUUGACUGUGGGAUGUUGGUGUGUCCAUGUGCGUGUGUGUGUGUGUGUGUUUGCAUACUUGAACACAUACCUACACAUGCACAUGUAUAUUUUUCUUGAUAGUGACCCUUUGUUGAUUGUGUGCAUUAAUACAGAAUAGUCAUCCAGUUUAUAUCUUUCCACUCCGUCAUAUUUGUGAUCAACCAGAGUUCUAAAUUUAUUUAUUUAUUUAUUUUUUGGACAGGCAGAGUUAGAGAGAGAGAGACAGAGAGAAAAGUCUUCCUUUGCCGUUGGUUCACCCCCCCAAAU